CUGAUAUUUUUUGUUGAUCGGCCUUUCUGCAGGGGAACCAAGAACCUCUGCGCAUAACCUAAUGGCGGCGGUGAGGAGCGCUUUGCUCAAGCAUCUGAGGGUGAGAGCCGGAUAUCCGAUUCAACCUCCGGCGACAUUCUCUUUAUCCCAGCUUUUCCGCCGUCGCUUCUCGGAGGAAGUCAAGGGUUCUUUCCUUGACAAAUCUGAGGUUAUCGAUCGUGUCAUCACCGUCGUCAAGAACUUUCAGAAGGUCGAUCCCUCCAAGGUGACUCCAAAGGCUAAUUUCCAAAGUGAUCUUGGACUGGACAGCUUAGACACCGUCGAAAUCGUUAUGGCCCUUGAGGAAGAAUUUGGCUUCGAGAUUCCCGACAACGAAGCGGACAAAAUUACCUCCAUCGACGUCGCCGUCGACUUCAUCGCCUCUCAUCCUCAAGCAAAAUGAUGCAAAAGAUUGUAAGUUCCUACUGAUAUUUCAUCAAUAAUGUGUUUCUUUUUUCAGAACAAAUUGGAAUAUCAGACAUGUCUUUCAAACCUUUGGCCGAAGGUUCUCCACCCUAUAAUUAUGAUUGUUUUAUCAUAUCAGCUAGUAUCAUACAAGUGUUUUAAUUUGAAAUGUAGGUAGCAGACAUCUGUACCCCAAAGAGAGGACCCUUUUUUUUCAAGGGAUUUUGGAUUUCAUGCAU